AAGUGGAAUUUAGGAGUAAAAUUUUUCGCUUCCUUUGUAAAAUUAAAAAAAAUACACAAUAUAGUUGUAAAAUUUAUUUUAACAGAUAUAUGUAUUGUUUAAGCCAAAAUCAUUAAAGUUCUGUAAAAACAUGGUGACAGUAUGAACGAAAUGAAUUCAAAGCCUCAUAUUUAUCAUGAAAAACAAGUAAGAGAACUUUGCGCCUUACAUGCGUUAAAUAAUUUAUUUCAAACGCGUAAUACAUUUUCGAAAUCGGAUCUAGACUCAAUAUGCAGUCGGUUGUCUCCAAAUGUUUGGAUAAACCCACACAGAUCAAUGCUGGGUUUCGGAAAUUAUGACAUCAAUGUGAUUAUGGCUGCGCUACAGAAGAAGGGCUGUGAGGCAAUAUGGUUUGAUAAAAGAAAAGAUCCAGGUUGCUUGGACCUAGCAAAUAUUUGUGGUUUUAUAUUAAAUGUCCCGUCAGACUAUAAGUUAGGUUUUGUUAUGCUGCCGAUUCGCAGGCGACACUGGAUUACAAUUAGACAAAUUCAAGGGAACUUUUAUAAUCUGGAUUCCAAACUGGAUUCACCACAGUUAAUUGGCAGGAACACAGAUUUAAUAUCAUAUCUAAAAGAGCAACUAGACUGCAAAGAAAAGGAACUAUUUGUGGUUGUUAGUAAAGAAGUAGAAGAGAAGCAGCUCUGGAUCAACCAGUAUGCGCUCAACAACAGAAUAGACUCGCACAAGAAUAUACCCAAUUGUGAUAGUGUGGAUAGUAUCAACUCGCAGAAUGAAUACAAAAAUCGCGAUUCCGAGUGCCUCAGGUUGAACGAAGUGAGAAACUGUGUUGCUAGUGUAGAAAACAGUUUUUAAGUUAUUAAUAAAUUGGUAUUAUUUGUGUGUAUGUAUUGUGUGGUUUGGAUUUUGAAUGAUGUCGGUUUGCGGUUAUACUUUGGAUACAAAGUUAGUAUAGGUUUUUUGUAAAACCUCAAAUUGCGUUGAAAUGAAUUUACAAUGUGUAUUAAAUUAAUAGGUUAUGACCUCACAUCAAAACUUAUUGCAUAAUUAAAAUAGAUUUUAUGUGCUGUAACUAAAAAGAUACAGGUGCCAGUUUUAUUUAAAUUAUUUGUUACGUAAUUAUUAUUGUUAUUUUGUUUCAUAGUUAUUUUUUGUUCUAUAUCAGGUUUACGUCAAAGCAAUAUGCGUGUGGCCUAAACAUGUAUAUGGUAUUUAAUAUUUAUAAUGUAUUGAGAUUUCUAUGUUACUGUCAAGACUUGAUACUCUAUAAUUGUGUAUAUAAUAUGUAUACUGAUAUGUACUGUAUUGUCAUAGAUUUUUUAAUGGAAUAGCUAGAAAUUCAUAUACUCUGUGGAAUAGUAUUGCUAUUAUUAAAAAUUUUGUAAUCUUUUAUCAUGUAUUAGUAAAAUAUUGUAAUAUAAAGAAUAUAUUUAAAUUUUCUCAUUCUUUAUACCCAACAUACAUGAAGAUAGUUAAUGUCAUUUAGGGCCGAUUUUUCAAUGCUUGGAUAAAACUUAUUCUUCAAAUAAUGUAUAAAACUACCAUUUUAAAAACGUAUUCUAAUUGCCCGUAUUUGACAGUUUACGUGACAUUUUAAUAUUAUCGUGUGUAAUACUUUAUUGGACGGAUAAGUUUUAUCCAAGGAUUGAAAAAUCGGCCCUUAUAAAAUUAUGUUUGGUAAUGUGUACUUUCAGUUUAAAGCUCAGUUUGUAUUUAGAAAUGACUGAUAAAAAAGUUUGUAUUUAUAAAUUAUUUAAUUGAAUUGAAUUGUAUUGUGGCAUACUGAUGUUUAGAAAAGUCUGAGAAGUUAUUACAAAGCUUAGAAUACAAACAUAAAUUGUCGUAGAAGCGGUCUAUGCGAAAUAAACUACCAGUUCAAGCCGUCACAUGUUAUCUACAUAAACAUUCUACACAAACAUAGUAACCUACGCAUUCACACUCAAAACAUAAGCAGAAAAGAGUAAGCAGCGUAACCGAGUACUGACUAAACACAAUCUGGCUAAUUAGCUGACUUCAGAUGGAACAUGUGUAUGCCGCUUCUACCUCAGUUUAUAUAUUAUGAUAUUCUACACAGAAUAUAUCUAAUCUUACUAUUAGAUAUUGUUUUUUCGCAUUCUUUUUUCCAUAAAAUUAGCAGCAAUUGUCAUUUAAGAUUAGUUUAUGUUGGUAAAAUUUUGUAAGUGUUUGACAUUGAUGUUGGUGGUACAUUUUUAUCUCUUCAUUGUUUUGCACUAUUAUCAUCUUUAUGUAACCAUUUUGUAUGUUUCAACAUUUACUCAUAAUAUGUAUUUAAUUCACAUAAAAUAAUAAUUAUUAUAUGAGUUCAAGUAAAGUUAAAUGAAACAGUUAAAAAUCGUCUUCCAAUUUCGUGUGAAUUAUAAUACCCAAUAAUUAUUGUAAGGUAUAUUUCAUAGUUUCUUCACGUGUUUACAUCAAAAGAUGUAAUAAAAAAAUUAGUCUUUGUUACCAAUCAAUAUAUUUUAUUUUUGUAAUAGAAUGUUAAAUAUAAGUAAUUCAAAUAUAUUUUUGUCCCAUGCAGAAGCGUAGCGUGCCUUGGCCCCGUAUAAAAAUUUGUUUGGGGGCCCUUAGGAAGGGUAAAGAUUUCUCACAAAAGCGCACGUUGGGGGCCCUUGGCGCGGGGGCCCCGUAUAAUUGAUACGGCAGACACGGCGGUAGCUACGCCCCUACUCCCAUGAAAAUUUUAGAUAAUGUUUAAUUCCACUCAUAAUUCGAUAUUUGUUUUGUUACUUAAUUAAUAAAAUCCUUUUCUGCAGUUGAAAGUAUUUUUUUAUGUAAUCAUAUAAUUAUGUCGUUGUAAUAGAAUUAAAAUACAAGUACCAAAUAUUUACACAUAAAACAAAUCUUCAAUUUUUUGGGUAAAUAUAAGUUUGUGAAUAUUA